AUGGGAAGUACCGAUAGCACACCUCUUCAACAGAACUCAAUCUAUGAUUUCACAAUGAACGACAUUGACGGGAACCCCGUCAGCCUUGCAAGCUAUAGAGGACACGUCCUGAUAAUUGCUAACGUCGCUUGUGGGUGUGGAUUGACUUCUAAACAUUAUGCUCAAUUCAAUGAGCUCUAUAAACGCUAUGAAGAAAAAGGUUUACGCAUUCUAGGUUUUCCUUGCAACCAAUUCUUCGGACAAGAAUCAGGGACAGAGCCAGAAAUAAAAGAACACGUCAGAGGCUUCCUAGGAGCAAAAUUCGAUUUAUUCUCCAAAGUAGAAGUCAAUGGAAAAAGAGCUUGUGACUUAUUCAGAUUUCUAAGGCAAAGAAGCUCCCUUAAAGGAGGAAAGAUUGGGUGGAAUUUUGGAAAAUUCGUAAUUGAUAAGGAGGGGAAUAUAAUCAGUUAUCAUGGCCCAAAAACAAACCCUCUCGAUUUCGAGGCAGAACUUGCUACUUUGCUAGAAAAACCUUAA